AUGGCGUUCGAUAUUGCCAUAUUCCUCGUCCCGAUCACGGAAUACUUUAGGAAAGAUCUCAGACGGAAACAAGUGCUUGCCAUGACUGGAUUGUUCGCCCUCGGUUCGAUUGUCGUACUCAUGGCUAUCCUUCGCCUUUGGAGCACUUUCAAGAACAGUCAAAGCAUGACCCAAAGUUUCGAUUUCACAUGGUGGUACCCCGAAGUCCUCAUCAUCUCCUGCCUCGAAAUCGACUUCGCGAUAAUGUGUGCGUCCAUGCCCAUAUUCUGGCCCACCGUCAUGGCUUCCUGGACCCAAAUCUUUGUCACCAACGAGGUCCGCGUUACGCACCACGAACGUCUUCCCGACGAUAGUCGCGAUAACUUUGAGUUGGUCAGGAACACGUCGUUGAAGAGCACAGGGAGUGCAGAGGAAUUGGCAAGGGUUACGAGCGAAGAGCAGGACACGGUGUAUGGUGGAUUUGACCCGGAGACGGGCAAGGAUGGCAGAUUUGCUGCUAUGCGAGUAGAGGUACAACCGCAGGCACAGAGGACGCGGAGACUCUGA